UCAUCACCCAGCAGUAGUUGCGACACUCCAGGCGGAAGCCGCAUUCAUUGAAUUUGUUCCUGUUUGAGUUUCCACGUUUGCGUUGAGGAUUUAAGAAGUAUUGUUUUGUUUUGUUUUCCCCCGUAAAGGUCGACAAAUUUAACCAAUCCCCACAGGUACCCGCGGCCUUGGUGACAUGGUGGGCUAUGACCCCAGGCUACAGGGGGUACCGCUCAGUGCCCAGGAGGCAGCCCUGGCGGGGUCGGCUGCCGGCACGGUCACCCGAGCCCUCAUCAGCCCUUUGGACGUCAUCAAAAUCCGAUUUCAGCUGCAGAUUGAGAGUCUGUCCUCUGCAAGGCCAGGAGGGAAGUAUUGGGGCUUAUUUCAGGCGGCACGUUGUAUUCACGCAGAAGAGGGCCUUGCUGCUUUUUGGAAGGGUCACGUCCCCGCGCAGCUGCUGUCAAUCUGCUAUGGAGCAGUGCAGUUUGCCACGUUCGAGUGUCUGACCAAGGCGGUCCACGACACGACGUCCUUUGACAGCCAGACGUCAGGGGUGCACUUCCUGUGCGGGGGCUCGGCCGCCUGCUCGGCCGCGGUGGCGUGUCAGCCUCUGGACACGCUCAGGACGCGCUUUGCCGCUCAGGGCGAGCCCAAGUUGUACAGGAGCCUGGCGCACGGCGUGUGUACGAUGUGUCGCUCGGAGGGAGCGCUGACGUUCUAUCGCGGCCUCUCGCCGACGCUCGUUGCCGUGUUUCCUUACGCCGGACUGCAGUUCUUCUUCUACAACGUCUUCAGAAGGCAGCUGGCGCCGCCUCCUCCUGCUGGGAAAUCGGGAGAAAACCUACGGAGUCUGCUAUGUGGCAGCGGAGCCGGCAUGAUCAGCAAAACGAUCACGUAUCCAUUUGACCUCUUCAAGAAGAGACUGCAAGUCGGAGGCUUUGAGGAGGCCAGAGUCCACUUUGGACAGGUGCGCCGCUACCGUGGCUUAGCGGACUGUGUCGCGCAGAUGGCCAAAGAGGAGGGCGCGCGAGGCUUCUUUAAAGGCCUCUCCCCGAGCCUGCUCAAGGCGGCCCUGUCCACCGGCUUCACUUUCUUUUGGUACGAAUUGUUCCUCAACGUGUUACGAGACCUCAAAGACGCGCCGACGGCGUCAGCGACUGUGCGGCGGGGAGAUAGCGAAGGCGAUCAGCCGGAUGGGGAGUAGUCAUGGCACUUCCUGUUGCGUUUACAAAAUGGGAGACGCGGCGGCAGGACUCUUUACAGUGCCUGUACUGUUGUACACUCAAAAGACAUUUAUUUAUCAUAUUAUUCUAUUGUGUUUUUGAAUGAAUGCUAUCAUGGGUUUAUUUCACUAUUAAACUGAACUUUGCACACUUUAA